GCCGGCCGGGCGCGGCGUGAUGGGCGGUCGCCGCGGGGAACGCCGAGUGUGUCAUCUGUAGACCCAGGGGCCUCCUCCGCCCGCAGACCGUGAGCAGCUUCCAGCCGGACGUCCGCAAGGUCACGGCCAUGGCGUCCUACCCCCUGCCGAUCGCCGGGCUGGUGCUGGGGCUCCUGGGCCUGGCCGGGGCCCUGGGGGCCACGCUGCUGCCCCAGUGGCGAGUGUCGGCCUUCGUGGGCAGCAGCAUCGUCGUCUUCGAGAGGCUCUGGGAGGGGCUGUGGAUGAGCUGCGUGCGGCAGGCCACGGCCACGCUGCAGUGCAAGCGCUACGGCUCCCUGCUGGCCCUGCCGCCCGCGCUCCAGGCCGCCCGGGCCCUCAUGUGCGUGUCCGUGGGGCUCUCCCUGCUCGCCCUGCUGCUGGGCGCCUGCGGCCUGAGGGCCGUCCAGGGCGCCGGCUGGAGCGGGCGGGCCAAGGCCCACCUCCUGGGCGCGUCGGGCGUCCUCUUCCUCCUGGCGGGCGUCUCCGUCCUGACCCCGGUGAGCUGGACGGCCAACGCCAUCAUCCGGGACUUCCGCAGCCCGGCCGUGCACGCGGCUCAGAAGCGGGAGCUGGGGGCCGCCCUCUUCCUGGGCUGGGCGGCCGCCGCGGCGCUCCUCCUCGCAGGGGCGCUGCUCUGCGGGGGCUGCUGCCGCCGCCGCAGGAAGGGGCGGGGGCACCGCUGUCCGGCCCCCGGGCCCCGCCUGCCGCACGCGGACGAGCGGAGGAACCGGGCCGAGGCGCGCCGGGCCUCCACCACCUACGUCUGA